AUGAUUCAUAACAAUAACCAAGAAAGCCAUGAUGUCGUGUCCCCUUUGACAGACGAAACCGGCUUCAGCUUUGACCCGUCCAACUUUGAUUUCUCAGCCUUGGAUCAUUUGUGGAUAAUGAACGCAGAGGAGAAAGAAGAGAAAGCCCAACAUGUACCUGAUUCAACACUGGAUCUCAACGGAAUGCCUGCAUGGCUGAGCGAAACGUGCCAACCGAGGAUUUUGGACGAUCAGAGCAUUCUGAACAGUACGGCGGUAGUCGCUUCGGAGGAAUUCAGUCCGGCACCUUCUGAAUGCAGCUCCACAAGCAACAGCCACUUUUUCAGUGAAGACGAACAGCUCAGCCCGAAUGAAAUGAAAUUUACAGAGAAAGAGCUGCGAGAGCUCUCUGUGAAAGACAUAAAUCGACUUCUCAAAGAACGAGGGCUGUCAAAAGACGAAAUUGCCAGAGUCAAACACAGGCGAAGAACUUUAAAGAACAGAAGAUAUGCUCAGCAUUCAAGGCUGCGAAGGAUAGAAUCUAAAAACAAUCUGGAAGAGGAAAAGAAGAGCCUGUUGCAAGAGUUGGAACAGCUUCGAAGACAGGUGACUACUGUGGAACGAGAGCGCGACAUGUACAAGGACAAGUAUGUCAAAUUGCUGACUCAAGUUUCCAAAAUGCCAGGAAAGCUGAUCAAGAUUAGCCCUCUACCAAACUGA